UUGAAUUUCAGUUCAGUUCGCUUGCCUAUAGACGCUCGCAGUAGCAGCCAGUACACACCGCACAGUACAUUUCGUUCAGUCUCAGUUCAGUUCGUGCGAGGCAAUUUUCACAGGCACAGAGCAGUAGUGCCAGUACCGAAAACUGAAAACCCAGUAUCCAGUAUCCAGUACAAGUAUCUGAACAGCCAGACCACGGCCAGGCCAAGAGGAGUGAAGUAAACACACUGACAAGGCAAACUGAUUAAUAGCUCAGCCCUUACAUUUCCCUUGAACGAAGUCAAGCCAAACCAGAAGCAAACAUGAGUGGAGAUCGCCCGAAGCGUCCCCUUUCAGCCUACAUGCUGUGGCUGAACGAGACCCGCGAACAGAUCAAGAAGGAUAAUCCCGGCAGCAAGGUGACAGACAUCGCCAAAAGAGGUGGUGAACUUUGGCGCGGACUGAAGGAUAAGACCGAAUGGGAACAGAAGGCCAUCAAGAUGAAGGAGGAGUACAACAAGGCGGUAAAGGAGUACGAGGCCAAUGGCGGUACCGAUUCGGGAGCGCCCAAGAAGCGAAAGAAGGCGGCCGCCAAGCCCGCCAAGAAGGCCAAGAAGAAAGAGUCUUCCGAGGAGGAGGAGGAGGACGAGAGCGAGUAAACGGUUGCAGCCACCGGGCAUGGGCAACGUUUUUCUGCAUAAGUUUUAAAAUACAUUUUAUUAAUGUAAUUUUUUAAGUGACAAAAAGAAAACCCACAAAAAUGGAAACCAACAAAAAAAAACUUAAUUAAAAAAUCUCAAAAAAAUAUGAAAAACCAUACAAAAAAAAAAUGAAUUAAGACCUUAAAUCUUUAAAUAUGCACUAAAACCAUAAACAUGAAAACACUCACACACACAUAUACAUGCCAACAUACAGACACACACAGCAUAAACCAUAAAAACAAAAACUAAGUUAAAGAAGUGAAAAAUCACACACUCACACAAACACGUUAUUUCCAGUCAACUGUUCUUUAUAUUCUAGGUUUGUACGUAUAUAUGUAUCUAUAUGUAUGACACUCUUCUUAUACACAUGCAGCCCACUGCCCCCAACGAGGGGAUUCCCCGCUCCUUCCCUCCUUUAGCCACUUUCGAUCGCAUCAAGUUAUUUGAAUUUGAAUUCUGAGUCCCUCGAUUCGAAAGCAAAAGUUAUAUAUAUAUACAUACAUUUUAAACUAUAUACAUAAAUAUAUAUUUAAAUAUAUAUAUUAUGUAAUUUAAAAAGGAAAACAAAAGAAAACCCAAUAUUACAAAUAUGUAAUUGUGAAUGUAGAGCUGAAUGGAAUAUUUAAAAAAAAUAUAUAAAAAAUUGUGAAAACUUAA